AUGGCUGCCAACACCACUUCCGGCGCUGUUGAUCAGCUCGCCAAUGACCUCAGCAACACUACCCUCAAUGGCAGCGGCGAUGCCAAGGCUCCCACCAUCGACACCAACGUGGCUGCCACCACUGAGGAUGCGUCUGGCCCGACCCCAAACUCUGCCGCUCCCCACCCUCAGAACUCUGCCUCUCUUUACGUCGGAGAGCUCGAUCCCUCCGUCACCGAGGCCAUGCUCUUCGAGCUGUUCUCCCAGAUCGGUGCCGUUGCCUCCAUCCGCGUCUGCCGUGAUGCCGUUACCCGCCGCUCCCUCGGAUAUGCCUAUGUCAACUACAACUCGACUUCGGAUGGCGAGAAGGCUCUCGAGGAGCUCAACUAUACCCUCAUCAAGGGCCGCCCCUGCCGGAUCAUGUGGUCUCAGCGUGACCCUGCCCUCCGCAAGACCGGCCAGGGCAACGUGUUCAUCAAGAACCUGGACGUUGCCAUCGACAACAAGGCACUCCACGACACCUUUGCCGCUUUCGGUAACAUUCUGAGCUGCAAGGUUGCCCAGGACGAGCAUGGAAACUCCAAGGGCUACGGCUUUGUUCACUACGAGACCGACGAGGCCGCUUCGCAGGCCAUCAAGCAUGUCAACGGCAUGCUUCUGAACGAGAAGAAGGUCUACGUUGGCCAUCACAUCCCCAAGAAGGACCGUCAGAGCAAGUUCGAGGAGAUGAAGGCCAACUUCACCAACAUCUACGUCAAGAACAUCAGUGCCGACGCCACUGAUGAUCAGUUCCGCGAGCUAUUUGAGCAGUAUGGCGACAUCACCUCGUCGUCGCUUGCCCGCGACCCUGAAGGCAAGAGCCGUGGCUUCGGCUUCGUCAACUUCACCACCCACGAAGCCGCCUUCAAGGCCGUUGACGAGCUCAACGGAAAGGACCUCCGUGGCCUGGAUCUAUAUGUUGGCCGUGCCCAGAAGAAGCACGAGCGUGAGGAAGAGCUCCGCAAAUCCUAUGAGGCUGCUCGUCUUGAGAAGGCCAGCAAGUACCAGGGUGUCAACCUCUACAUCAAGAACCUCGGCGACGACAUUGAUGAUGAGAAGCUCCGGACCAUGUUCUCCGAGUUUGGCCCCAUCACUUCAGCCAAGGUGAUGAGGGACACGCCCGCGGAAACUGCCGAGAAGGAGCGCGAGGAGCGCGAGAAGGAGAAGGAGAAGGAGGACAAGGACAAGGAGAACAAGAAGGAUGACGCCGCCGAGACGACGGAGCCCAAGGAGGCUGAGGAGGAAGAGUCGGCCGACAAGAAGUCUGACAAGAAGACCGACAAGAAGCUGGGCAAGAGCAAGGGCUUCGGAUUCGUCUGCUUCAGCAACCCCGACGACGCCACCAAGGCUGUCGCCGAGAUGAACCAGCGAAUGAUCGAGGGCAAGCCGCUUUACGUUGCUCUGGCUCAGCGCAAGGAUGUUCGCAAGAGCCAGCUCGAGGCUAGUAUCCAGGCUCGCAACCAACUGCGCAUGCAGCAGGCCGCCGCCGCCGCCGGAAUGCCCCAGCAGUACAUGCAGCCUCCCGUCUUCUACGCCCCCGGCCAGCAGCCAGGCUUCAUGCCACAGGGUGGUCGUGGGAUGCCCUUCCCUCAGCCCGGCCUCGGCAUGGGAGGCGUCCAGGGCGGCCGUCCUGCCCAGUUCCCUGGCUACCCCCAGCAGGGUGGCCGAGGCGGCGUCCCCCAGCAGCUCCCCCCCAACAUGUACGGCAUGCCCGGCCAGUUCCCUCCUCAGUACGGCCAGCCUGGUACGCCGCAGUUCAUGGCCGCCAUGCAGCAGGCUCAGCAGGCUGCUCUGGGUGGUGGCCGUGGCGGUCCUCAGGGCGGUCGCGGUGCCAUGCCGCCCCCCAACGCCGCUGGCGGCAUUCCUGGUGCCGGCAUGCCUGGCUACCCUCCCAAUAACCGCCAGCAGGGCAACAUGGGACGCGGUGUCAAUGCCAACGGUGCUCGCGCCGGCGGCAAUUUCCCCAACCAACCCCGCGGCGAUGCCAACACCAGCAGCGCUCUCCAGAUGCAAAUCGCUGCUGCGCCGCCUGCCCAGCAGAAGCAGAUGCUCGGCGAGCUGAUUUUCCCCAAGAUCCAGGCGAUCAAUGCGGACCUUGCCGGCAAGAUCACGGGCAUGCUCCUCGAGAUGGACAACGCCGAGCUCAUCAACCUCAUCGAGGAUGAUGUCUCGCUCAAGGCCAAGGUCGACGAGGCGCUUGCCGUCUAUGACGAGUACGUCAAGGCCCAGGGCGGUGCCGAGGACGGCGAGGCCAAGAAGGAGGAGGAGGCCAAGGCUUAA